ACCGACACACAAUCACCACCGACAGACAUGGCACCUUCAGCUUCAAUGGCAGCGAAGGCGAACACCCCCGUUGCGAAAACUGGCACCGCCACCGUCGACAGUUACCAUACUACUUCGUCGAAGCAAGCUCUGGAUCUGGAGCACGAGCACGCAGCGCACAACUACCAUCCGCUGCCCGUGGUCUUCGCCAAAGGCAAGGGCGUGCACGUCUGGGACCCUGAGGGAAAGCAAUACCUCGACUUCCUGAGCGCAUACUCGGCCGUCAACCAGGGUCAUUGCCACCCCAAGAUUGUCGGAGCACUCGUCGAGCAGGCGCAAAGGCUUACGCUCUCGUCAAGGGCGUUCUACAAUGACGUCUUCCCUGUAUUUUCGAAGUUUGUUACAGAGUUCUUCGGCUUCGAUAUGGUUCUCCCCAUGAACACCGGCGCCGAGGCGGUCGAGACGGGCAUCAAACUCGCGCGCAAGUGGGGCUACAAAGUUAAGGGGAUUCCGGAGGACGAAGCGCUCAUCCUCGGAGUGGCAGAGAACUUCCACGGCCGCACGUUCAGCGCCGUAUCGCUUUCGACCGACCCGGAGUGUCGCGCCAAUUACGGCCCCUAUCUGCCAAAUGUUGGACCCAUCAGCCCUGCCACCGGAAAGCCAAUUCGGUUCAACCACGCCGAGGACCUCGAGGAGGCGCUGAAAUCGCAUGGAGAUAAGAUCGCGGCGUUUUUGGUCGAGCCGAUCCAGGGUGAGGCCGGAAUCAUCGUGCCCGAUGAUGAUUAUCUGAAGAGGGUGAGGGAGCUGUGCACUGAAUACAAGGUCCUCCUGAUCUGCGAUGAGAUUCAAACCGGUAUCGCACGGACUGGUCGUCUCCUUUGCUUCGAGCACUUCGGCAUCAAGCCCGACAUUGUCCUCUUGGGCAAGGCGAUUUCCGGCGGUGUCUACCCAGUCUCUGCCGUCCUCGCCGACAAGGCGGUGAUGCUCGUGAUCGAGCCGGGAACGCACGGCUCGACCUACGGCGGCAACCCCCUCGGCUGUGCCGUUGCCCUCGCUGCGCUCGAAGUCGUCCGCGACGAGAAGCUCACGGAGCGUGCCGAAGUCCUUGGAGAACGGUUCCGCAAGGGUCUCGAGGCUCUGAAUAGCCCCGCCAUCAAGACCAUUCGUGGAAAGGGUCUGCUGAAUGCGGUCGUGAUCGACGAGUCAAAGACCCAUGGCCACUCGGCGUGGAAUCUCUGCCUCAUCCUGAAGGAGAAGGGUCUGCUCGCGAAGCCGACCCAUCAGAAUAUCAUCCGCCUCGCCCCGCCGCUGGUCAUUACCGAGGAGCAGAUCGAUCAGUCGAUUCAGAUUUUUAAGGCCGCGCUUGAUACUUUGGUAUGACUUUAAACCACACCCCUCAUCUCGAGAAAGCCUGUACGAUACUGACGAAUGCCAGCCAACGUGGAAGGAAGAGGGAGUCGCAGAGGACGAGAGAAACCAUGUAAAUGUCAUGGACGACUAGGCUUACAUACAUACGAGUACCACAAACCAACCAACCAUCAACGGCGUUUUUGAAUUGAGGUUUUUUCAACCGGAGUUCUUGUUUUUGCAUGGGAUGGGGAUGGGCAUGGGAGGGUAGCUGUACAUAGUCGUGUCGCUUUCUGGUUUGAACCUGCCGAUAGGCGUAGGUAUGAUACUAGAAUACAUUUGCAAUGUGAUACUUA